AUGCCGAGCACGGUGGCGGCGCACGACGCCGAAGCCAACGACGCGAUGCGGAAACUGGCCCGGAAGCGGACCGGCGCCUUGGAGUACAUACUCAAUCUGACUGGUAUGAUCUACCAGUACAAGGAGCAUGAGGGCUUUGUGAGGACGUUGAGGAAGGCGAGAGCUGCGUUUUUGGUCAUCAUUGGUAAGCAAGGUUGUUAUUUUGGGAAGUUUUUUUUAUAACGUCUUUUGGGAAGUCUUGUAAAUUACAAAUAUAUAGCACAUUGAAGGCGUUGUUACCACGUCCUCUUCGCUUUUUCUAUCAUAUCAGCCAGUCGGGAAAAAAUGUGGAUCUGUCGCUAAAAAUGUCCCGCCUUGUCGCGCGGGAAAUCUGCAGCCUCGGCAAGCCGUCGCAAAGCGAUAGUGGGUGCGCCAAAGCACGACGAAUCCAGAUUAUUUUCCCGACAGCCUGCUAACAGGGGACUGCAGUCAAAGGUUGAGCCUGAACUCUCCCCUUUUUCUGAACUCUCCCCCUUUUUCAACUCUUCCCUAAAAAAGGCGGAACUCUCCCCCAUUUCUGAUUUUCGCCAAAUAAUUCGAACUUUCCCCUUUUUGAACACUCCCCCAUUUGGAAAAUUGAAAAAAACGAGGUUUGACAUAUUAUACAAUGAAAAUUUUUUUCAAAUUGUGAAAAAUGAGGUGUGACAUGUUAUAUGGUUGAAAUUUUUAUUCAGAUUGAAAAAGUGAAAUUUGACAUGUUAUACGAUGGAAAUUUUUUCAAGAACAAUUUCGGAGGCCGUUUAAACCAAUCUUAGACCAGGAUUAACCUUCUUACAACAAAGCCCUUCUAUAACGGAGAAUUUUGUAGUCUUUUUCUUUUUUGAGGACUACAUUUUAAUGACUUUUUUAGUCAUUAAAAAGUGGUCCUACUAUCAAAAAAUCUAUUAUCCUCUCUCAGCAGGUGCACUUAUAUAGUACUAACUACAACUUUUCGCUUCUUCCUACAACGUUAUACCUAAUUUUCAGAUGCAAAGCCUCUUCAAAUUAACCUAUUUUGACGACGUGCUUUUGUUUGCACGAAAUCUAAACCUUAUUAUAUGUCAAUCGUUGAAUUGUGACAUUCCCGCCGUGAUAUUGUUGUUUGUAGUUACGUUGCACCUGGUGUACGGCACAUCCUACGUUUUCCUCUACGGUGGCGGGACAUUGGAGCGCUCGGUGGUGAUAUUAUGCUGGCUCUUUCAGUCGUUGUGUUCGAUGGUAAGAGUGAUGGGAAGUGGCGGAAAAGCAUAAUUGAAAGAUGGGGGUUACUGACAGGAGAAGUGCUCCGAGUGUGACGUUCGGAUGUUGAUGAAACUUGGUACAAAUACAGAUUGAUUUUCGUGAGAUUUCAGGUCCUGCUUUGCAGAAAGUUUUUGCAGAAACGACCGAGAUUUUUAGCCCAAAAGCCGAAAAAAAUGUGACACUUUUUUGCAUAUUUUGGCACAUAAAGUUUCAUGCCUAUUGAUGCCGUAAUGUUUCCACAAAAAACUAAGUUUUUUCGCGCUAAUCUGGCAAAGAUAUGGCAGAAAAGACGUUUUUAUCUCUCACCGCUCUCCGCACUACGCGCACUCUCUCGUCCGUCGAGCUGUGCCUGAAAAGCGCGAGCAAAAUUUUCAGGAAUUGAUAUACGGCCUAUACCCAAAACAUGUGCAAAAUUUAGCGAAAAUCUGAGCGUCGCACAUCGAGUAUUCUCUUGUCAGUUGGGUGUUAUUCUUUGUACUCAAGGAAAACACGAAAGAAGAACUCAAAUAAAAUCAGAGCUGCAAAGUUCGAGCAAUUUUCUUGCAAUCCUUUUCAGCUCUUCAUCCUCUACUGGCAAGUUCGCGGCGACAUUGCCAUGCUAAUCUUCAUAUUGCCCUGGGCGGAUCUCCCCGCCGCCUACCGCAAACGUUUGCUGAUGACCGUCGUCCUGUACGGGUGUCUGCUCGCCGUGAUUUUGGCAAACACAGUGCUCCUUAUCAUCUUCUCGGCCCUGAAUCCCGGCCAGACGCUGAUCAACCCAAAAACAAUUACUGUAAGCGUCAAAAUUGGUGAUUUUCAAAACAUUUCCGUUUUUAAUCAUUAAAAUUCUUUAGCCGUUCACCGGAUGGCCGAGAUUUCUGAGUUAUGUCGUCAUCGUGUACUCCUUUGCCACAUGGGCGGCAGUUCUCACAAUGUAUUCGGUUGUUUUGUCAACAAUUACGGAAGAGAUUGAUGCCAUCAAAAGUGAAAUUGAUAAGGUGAGUGAGUUGGGCGGGAAAUUGGACAAGAUAUGUUUUUUUAAUCAAAAUGUGCGAAUUCAGACACUGUUCAAGGUGACACGCGGCGUAUUAUAGUAACCAAAAAUCAGCUUUUUCAAAUCUAACGUGUUCAGUGGGGGACCUGACCCAGUGGCAAAAACCGUACCAUUUUGCAUCCUUGAAGGGAUCAAAAAUGUGGCAAAAUGCUUCCCCUCCAAGUGAAGAAACUUCGAUUUCAAAUGCGCGGCCGUUCUUUUUGUGAGGGAAAGGGCUCGCACGUCAAACUGAGAUAAGCUAAAACAGUCCGGUGAAUAGAUUGGCAGUUUGCCAAAAAAAGACGCGAAAAAACGUUUUGUCGGGGAAGAAAUGGGGAACUUUUGGGGCGAGAGAGUACGUUUUAGCGUGUCUUUGUUGUCUCUCCGAAAUCAAGAUGAAGUGUAAAAACCGAUAGCAAAGGGUCUAUUCCGGUCACCGGAAUCCUCAGUUUGACGUGGCGCGCCCUUCAAAACGAAGUUUUUUCACUUGGAGAGGGAAGCAUUUUGCCACAUUUUUGAUGCUUCCCGGAUGCAAAAUGGGACGUUUUUUGCCACUGUCCGUCACUGUUCGUGGUCUACCCAGUGCCGUAGCUAACGCAGGAAGAGCAGGAGGUGAUCCCUCAGGGCGGCGUCGAAAAAAUGGUUAAGGGGAACCAAGGUAAUACGACCUUUGCAGUCCAGAGAGUGGGCGAAACGUGGAGAGCGGCGUAAGAGAAAUUACUUUUAGCCAUAUCUUUGCCAGUUUCGUGUGGAAAAAAUUGAUUUGUUUUGGGAAGCCUUCCCUCUACGGUAGAAAUAGAGUUAGCUAAAUUCAGGAACUAAAUUUAUCCCAAUUUCUUAAAAAAAGAAUUUCUUUUUCUUAAAAAAAAUUGUCUUCAAGAAAUCUGAUAAAACUUCGCCUCAAUCCCUAAACCUUUCAGAUUGGCCAUCACACCACCGACCGCUCCAAAUCCAUCGAAGACCUGCUAAAUCUGAGCGACCGGCACGCUCACUUGUGCAAGAUUCUGAACGAAACCAAUCGGAUAUUCGAGAUUUACAAUUUCGUCAUGAUUGGUACAAACAUUCCCACAACAAUCUUCACAAUGCUCAAUGGUCAUCAUAGCCUGUACAGCGGGGAUACGAUGAGGAUCAUGUCGUCGGCGCUGGAGCUGACGUUCUGCAUCGUGGAGAUGACGGCGUUGACAAUGAUGCCGGCCAAGGUUUCGUCGCAGGUAAUUGAGAAAAAUGAGGUGUGACAUGUCAUACAAUGAAAAAUUUUUUCAAAUUGAGAAAAAUGAGGUUGACACUUUAUACGAUGAAAUUUUUUUACCAAAUUGGGAAAAAUUUUCAUCGUAUGACACGUCACACCCCGUUUCUUCAAUUUGAAACAAAAAUUUCAUCGUAUGACAUGUCACACCUAAUUUCUUCAAUUUGAAAAAAAAUUUCAUCGUAUGACAUGUCACACCUAAUUUCUUCAAUUUUCAAAAAGAGGGGAGGUGUUCAAAAAAGGGGAGGGUUCAUUCAAGGGGGAGUGUUCAAAAAGGGGGAGAGUUCUGCCGCAACGGCAAAAGUGUAAUGAACAAGGCAUCGAUUCAGAAUGGUUGAGGCUAUUUCCUGAUCAUGAUUUAAUCCAUGUGGCGUUCCGUCGGCAAUCCGCCAAAAAAAGACCCGAAAAAACUUUCAGUGGGGGAAGAAAUGGGGAUUUUUUGGGGCGAGAGAGUACGUUUUUGCGCGUCUUUUUUCUCUCUUUCUCUGCGAAAUCAAGACGAAGUGUAAAAAACCCAUAGCGAAAGGUCUAUUCCGGUCACCGGACUCCUCAGUUUGACGUGCGCUGCCCCAGUAAGAAAAAACUGUUCUAAAUUUCCACCAAGUUUUUUAAAAUUUGAACGUCGAACUUUGAACACUUCCCUCAUAACUUUUUCCCAUCUUUUACAAAAAAAUUCUGACCUAAAUUUGUCCGUAUUUUAACCUCCAUUCUUUUCCAAGUCCCCCAUAAUUUCAGCUGUCCCAUCUCGAACAAGCGAUCUUCAACAAUCGGCAACUUUGGCGGCCCUACGACGUCUCUAUUUACACGAUUGUGCAGUCGCUAUUGCAGCAGAACCGCCAGUCCGGCCUCGGGAUCACCGUGUGGGGCUUUGCGAUCGUCAGCAAGUCCUUGGUGCUGACCACCAUCUCCUUGGUGUUGACCUAUCUCACGCUACUCAUUCAACUGACCGAGUCGGCCGACCAAUCCGGCGAUAUUUUCAAGCAGUUCUGGAACAACAGCUUGUAUGAGCAUGAUGACUGA